GACUGACGCGCACGCGCACCAAUAGGAAGCCGGGAGGGAUUCGCGUGUUGUGCCAAUUGGCUUAAAAAACGCAGACGAUGAGGCUCGCCGCUAGCGACGAUUGUGACUUUUUUUGUGUGCGUGUCUUUUUGUAUCUGAUCGGAGACACAAUGAUGACACGUUUGACCCACAAUGCAGCUCGGCGGCGCGCGCGGGAUUAGCCGCGAGUUAAGCUAGCUAGCCAGCUAGCCGCCAGCAGGUGAAUGCGCCUGCCGCUGCCGCUGGGCUCCAGGCCGGCCCAUGGACCGCCUCCAUGGACGUUCCCCCCAAAGCGGCUUCGGCGGAGCACACGUCGAGCCCCGGGCCGCCGGGCGUCCCCUCCUCGAAUGAAGCGAAUAUUUUCCGCUGGCCCAGGCCGGAGGAGGAGGACGGGGAGACCGGCGGCGAGCCGGAGGCGGCACCUGCCGGCCGCUGGACGGCCGUGUUCGACUACGAGGCGACGGCGGACGACGAGCUGAACCUCCGCCGGGGGGACCUGGUGGAGGUGCUGUCCAAGGACUCGCUGGUGUCCGGGGACGAGGGCUGGUGGACCGGUGUGGUGGCAGACCGGGUGGGCAUUUUCCCCUGCAACUAUGUCAGCAGGGGCGUGCCGGAGGAGAGGCGGGCCGCCUCGUCGCAGGAAGUGCCCCCCUUGCACCUCUUGGAGAUUGACUUCUCUGAGCUAGCCCUGGGGGAGAUCAUCGGUGUGGGCGGCUUUGGCAAGGUGUAUCGGGCGGUGUGGCGCGGCGCCGAGGUUGCGGUGAAGGCGGCGCGGCGGGACCCCGACGAGGACGCCGAGCAGACGCUGGCCAGCGUGCAGCAGGAGGCCAAGCUCUUCGCCAUGCUGGAGCACGCCAACGUCAUGGCGCUGCUGGGCGCGUGCCUGCGCCAGCCCAACCUCUGCCUGGUGAUGGAGUACGCCCGCGGAGGUGCCCUCAACCGAGCGCUGGCAGGAAAACGCGUGCCGCCCUGCGCCCUGGUGGACUGGGCGGUACAGGUCGCCCGAGGCAUGCGCUACCUGCAUAACCAGGCCAUCGUCACAAUCCUUCACAGAGACCUCAAGUCCAGCAAUGUCCUCAUCCUGGAGAGGCUUGAGAGGGAUGAUGACCUGAGCAACAAGACGCUGAAGAUCACAGACUUUGGGCUGGCACGUGAGUGGCAGCGCACCACCAAGAUGAGCGCGGCGGGCACCUACGCCUGGAUGGCGCCCGAGGUCAUCCGCUCGUCCACCUUCUCCAAGGGUAGCGACGUUUGGAGUUACGGCGUGCUGCUGUGGGAGUUGCUGACGGGCGAAGUGCCUUUCCGGGGCAUCGACGGCCUGGCGGUGGCGUACGGCGUGGCCAUGAACAAGCUGGCGUUGCCCAUCCCCUCCACGUGUCCCCAGCCCUUUGCUCGCCUCAUGGAGGGCUGCUGGAGCUCAGACCCUCACUCCCGACCGCAUUUCGCCGACAUUCUGGACCAGCUGACCGCCAUCGAGGAGUCGGGAUUCUUCGAGAUGCCGCCCGAGUCCUUUUGCUCGUUGCAGGACGACUGGAAGCUGGAGAUACAGGAGAUGUUUGACCAGCUCAGGACCAAGGAGAAGGAGCUGCGUUCGUGGGAGGAGGAGCUGACGCGGGCGGCGCUGCAGCAGAAGUGCCAGGAGGAGGCGCUGCGGCGGCGCGAGCAGGAGCUGGCCGAGCGGGAGAUCCACAUCCUGGAGCGUGAGCUCAACAUAAUCAUCCACCAGCUGUACCGCGAUAAGCCGCACGUGGAGCGCCGCCAGGGAAAGUUCCGGCGCCACCGCCUCAAAGUCAAGGACGGCAACAGGAUCAGCCUGCCGCUAGAUUUCCAGCACAAGAUCACUGUGCAGGCAUCGCCGUCACACGACCGUCGCAGGAGUUUGCUCAGCAGCGGCUCCAGCCCACCAACCAGCCCGCCACUCCUCCUUCGCCUCCGAGCCAUACAGCUCACGCCACGGGAUGGUUGCUGCGGAGGCUGGGCUCGUAGCGCAGGCGAAGAGGAGAUUGAAAGGAGGGGCUCCAGGAAGAAGGGCAGGACGGGAGGGUGCGGACCACAGCGGGAGCACAGCGCCGACGCCAGCGUGAGGCCCGUCGCCGAGGGCAACCGCCAGCGCUCCUGCAGCGCCCCCAACCUGCGCCGUUCCCCCAGACACAGCCCCGCCGUGCCGGGAGUGCCCAGCCUGCUGGAGAUUGAAAAUGAAGACUGCUGCUUCGUGAGCGGCUCGGGAGCGCGGCCAUCUGAGUCGUACCCGUGCCCGCCCGGCCAAGAAUACGACCAAUCGGGAGCCGGCGAGGAUCCCUUUGCGGACGUCCAUGUUCCGGGAGCCACGCCCAGCCGCAAGAGCCCCGGCAGCGGUCGUCGCACGGACCUGGUGCUGCUGGGCUGCGGCGCCCUGCUGGCGGCGGUCGGGCUGGGCGACGGCCUGCUGACGUCGGCUCGGCCGGAGGAGGGCAUCAAAUCGCGCUGGGACGCCUUCUUCCACACGCACAGACUAUUUCGGCGAGAUAGCCCGCUGAGGAUUCCGCCAUCUUCGCCUUCAGACCGCGACUCGUCCACGCGCUCGCUGCUGCGCUCCGUCGACGCCCAGCCGCCGGUGGUGCCGCCCGCCCGUCGUCACGGCAACGCGCUGGUCAACACCCACCUGGAGAGCUUCAAGCGGAAUCCACGGCAGUCGCUCACCCCCACGCACGUGCCCUGCGCACGCGGCGCCGUCACCGCACGCACCGUGAGCCUACGACGCACGCCGUCUGACGGCGCCAUCAAGAAGAGCUGCCCGCAGAACAACCUCGAACCUUUGCCGGAGCAAACCAUCUUGGAGAACAGAAGGGGCGCCUUUCGAGGUUUUACAGACAACUUCUCGGCUGCCCCCCGCCUCCCGGACCCCAACGUGGUGUUCCCGCCCACCCCCCGCCGACGCUGCGCCCUCGAGCGUCCUAAAACCUUGGACAUCCUGGCGCGGCCUCGGCCCUCGCCGCGGCCUCGCUGCGACGCCUUCCGUCCAGAGGUGCGGGGCCACGCCGGGGGCGGCGACUCUCCGGCGGCGCACACCUCCAGCACGGAGACGCCGCCCACUGCGGAGGAGGCACCCACGCCUUACUACCCCAACAAGGGGCGCAACCUGCUGGACGCAGAGGACGAGGGGCAGUGCCGCGACGGCACCGUGCCGCUGUGCAGCAAAGACUCUGUGGGAUACUGGUCCUGACUUUUAAACACAAAGCUCACUUAAUCCCCAAUCACUAUAUAAGGACUUUUAUAUUGUGAAUUAUAUAGUCCACGAAAAAUUCCAUGAGGGUGUCGGGAAUGAGUGAAUGAUUCUGAUUUUGUUUGGAAUCAUUCAUUCAUUCCCGACGCCCUAAUCACUAUAUAGUGAAACAUCGGUUUUCGUUAUUAAUCCGUUCCAAAAAGUCUGACUAAAAUCAAACGGUACAAAAACUGAACGGAGCAAUAUUUCCAAUAAGAAAUCAUGUCAAUACAAUUCAUCAGUCCCAGAUGCACAAAAAUAUUAACUAGGUUAUUGAGAAUAACUAUUGUUUUACAUAAAUAUAAAUGGGUAGCACGCAUAAUAGCGUUGUCUCGUCAAAGGUACAACUUAAAGUUUCACGUUUUACUACUUUUGCUAUAAGCAAGAAAAAUGUUAACCCCCUCGGCGUAUUAGCGUUGUUAGCGUGUCAUACAUUAUAUGCUGUAAGCGGGAAGAAAUGGUAACGUUCUCAGCAUAUUACCGCUGUAGUCUCGUCAAGGUACCAUUUCGAGUUUUGUGUGUUUCACCUCUUCUGCUAUAAGUGAGAAAACGCUAACUUCCUUAGCAUUAUUCACAUCUCAUACGUUGUAUGCUGUAAGCGAGAAGAAAUACUUCCUUUCCUAGCUUAUUAGCAUUGUUGUCUUGUCAACGGUACCAUUUCAAGUUUCAUGUUUUACAUCUGCUAUAAGCAAGAAGAAAAUGCUGACAUCGUUAGCAUUAUUUGCAUCUCAUAAAUUGUAUGCAGUAAGCGAGAACAAAUGCUAACUUCCCUAGCUUAUUAGCGUUGUUGUCUUGUCAACAAUACCAUUUCAGGUUUCGCAUGUUUUACAUCUGCCAUAAGCAAGAAGAAAAUGAUAACUUCUUUAGCAUAUUAGCAUUAUUAGUGUCUAAUGUCGGAUGCUGUAAUUGAGAAAAAGGGUGGUAAUCACCCAACGAGAAUUAAAAGCAGACUUAAGGCCCUUUCGCACUGCACUUAGCACAGCGCAAGGCACAACGGCGUGCCGCGGAUGUUGGCGACCCCCAGAAUGGCUCAUUGAUUCCGGCAAAUGAGUGGCCGAGUCACGCGUUUUUGGCACGAAAACCGAGCGGCUGUACGAAAACUGGGACAAGAUUUCGAUGAAAAAAGUCGUCCGAAUUGUACCAAAAGUAGGGUAUAUGAAAACCGAGGUUCCCCUGUAUAGGGAUUAUUAUAUAGUGGACGAUGUAGUUUACUAAAAAUCCCUAUAUAGUGAUUCGGAAGUAGGGAAUGCGUAAAUGAUUCUGAACGCGCUCAGAAUUAUUCACUCGUUCCCGAAUCACGAUAAGCACUAAGCAAAAAGCAUCAUGAAUGUACACGCGCUGGAUUGACUCACGGUUGUUUGGCUUUCAUGUUUUAAAUAGAGUGACACUUCACGGAUGCACCAUUUACACGAAAGCAGCAGCAGCUUGUUUGCAGCCUACUUAAAGGGAACGUCUGUUAUGUAUUUGAAUAUGUAUUCUGCAUCGUUUAUCGUAAGUGGAGCUCAUGUGAGGAGCGUUCAAAUGCAUGCGUGUCUCUCUCCUGAUUUAUUAUUAGGGCCCGAGCAGCAACUGCUGCAAGGGACCUAUAGUAAUCGCAAGAAUUAUUUAUUACUUAUGUUUAUUUAUUGCAUUUGUGACCCGAUUCACUGCAAUCUUAAAAGUUGAAAAUUGUAAACCCUUUUAUUCAUUAUUUCGCUUUCAAAGUUAUUUGUCAUUAGUCAUUUAUUUAUUUAUUUAUUUAUUUAUUUACCUGCCAGCUGCAGUCACUUGAGGAGAAAUUUCGUUCCUCGAGAGAUUAUCGGAACAAAUUGCACUCAUAUAUAAAUACGGUAGGUCGCAAAAAUGUAUUAAAAUGAGCGUCGAAAGUCCUAAAAAAAAAUAAAAAUUGAGGCUUAAAAAAUGUCAAAUCAGCAUCAAAAACCCAUAAUUUAAAAUUAUUAAGGCUGAAAAGCAUUAACAUCAGACUGUCAAAAUUUAAAAAGAAAAAUAAUAAAUCCUUGAAAUAAAAAAAUUGAGGCUCCCAAAAAUGAACAUCAAAACAGUGAAAUAAAAAAAAUGUAAAAAUAAAAGUUAAGCCUCACAUAAAUGAGGAUCAAUUUUAAACAUUUUAUUUUAAACAAUUAAAAAUUGAGGCUCAUAAAAAAGUCACGGCACAGUGGGCCGACUGGUUAGCGCGUCUGCCUCACACUUCUGAGGACCGGGGAUUGGAGUUUGCAUGUUCUCCUCGUACCUGCGUGGGUUUUCUCCGGGCGUUCCGGUUUCCUCCCACAUCCCAAAAACAUGCAUGCUAGGUUAAUUGACGACUCUAUAUUGCCCGUAGGUGUGAAUGUGAGUGCGAAUGGUUGUUUGUUUCUAUGUGCCCUGCGAUUGGCUGGCAACCAGUUCAGGCUAUACCCCGCCUCCUGCCCGAUGAUGGCUGGGAUAGGCUCCGGCGAUGGAUGGAUAAAAAAGUGACCAUCAGAGCCUAAAUUUUGUUCUGUAAAAAUGAAAUCAAAACAAUACAAAAUUUUAAACAACAGUCCUAAAUAAUUUUACAAAAGAAUACAAAAAAGUAUACUAAAUACAAUUAAUCUAAUCAGAAUUGGGGGGAAAAAAAAAAACUUUUUUGAACAGAAUAACCAUCCAUCCAUGCAUUUUCUUCCGCAUCUGAGGUCGGGUCGCCGACUUCCCAGAAGACUUCCUUUUCCGUCCUGUUCUUCCGGGGGGAUCCCGAGGCGUUUCCAAGCAAGCCAGAACAUAUAGUCUCGCCAGCGUGUCCUGCGUUGUGCCCGGGGCCUCAUCCCGGUAGGACGUGCCCGGAACACCUCACCGGGGAGACAUUAGCGGGAAAACCAGACCAGAUGGCCGAGCCACCUCAUCUGGCUCUUCUCGAUGCAGAAGAGCAGCGACUCUACUCAGAGGCCCUCCCAGAUGAUCCCAACCGCUUCACACUGGGCUGCGAACUGCUCCGAAACAAAUCUGACGGCGAUGUGGACCAAAUUAUGACAUCGGUCUUACCGCCCUUAUUAAGUGGUCCGGUACCCCAUUCACCCGGAGUGCGUACCACAGGACCCCCCCGAGGGACACGUCAAAAAACACCUUGUCCAAGUCCACAAAGUAUGUAGACUCCUAUGCACCCUCGAGAACCGUGCUGAGGGCGUCCGACUGGUCCACCGGUGCACGGCCAGGAUGAAAACCACACUGAAACAGGUGAACAGUUUCAAAGUAGGGUUUCAAAACAGGGUUAGGGUUUGCAAAUACCAUUUUGAAACAUGCUUAGGGUUUCAAAACAGGGUUGGGGUUUCAA